AUGUCCGAAGUCAGCGCGAAGACCGGCGAGGCCGUCGCGAAGGGCAAGGCGGAGGUUCAGGAGAGCAUGGACAAGGCCCGCAAUCCGACGAGCAAGGAGACACGCGCGAUUGCGGACGCGAAGGAGGCGCAGCGGAAGGAGCACGCGGAGCUGGAGAAGGAGCGCAAGAUCGCGGGCGCGAUGGAGAGGGAAGCUGCGGAGAAGGAGGCGCGCCACGAGAAGCACGGCGUGAUGGGCGCUGGCACUGCCCCGGCCGUGGGUCCACAGAGCAUGGAACCACAGGGCAUACCACUGGCCAUCAUGGCACCACUGGUGCCGCGCAGGUGGGGCACAGCACAGAGGGCACCAGACUUGGCGGCACUGAUACCACUGGUGGAACCACAGGGCGCAGGCACGUGUUUCAGUGAGUGA